ACCCUAUAUUAAUGCAUGAAAACUGGACAGAAAGAGCAGAAUCUUCAAACAAAUUGCAUAUCAGUAAGCCAAUUCUAUAGAAUUUCCACUGGGAAAAUGGGAGAAGUGAAGGUGAUAGGGUCAUCAGCAAGCCUAUUUUACACCAGAGUGGAAUGGGCUUUGAAGCUCAAAGGGGUUACCUAUGAAUAUAUACAAGAAGAUUUACUGAACAAGAGUGAGUUGCUCCUCAGGUCCAACCCUGUUCACAAGAAGAUACCCGUGCUACUACACGAUGACAAACCCGUUGCUGAAUCACUUGUGAUUCUUGAAUACAUCGAUGAAACUUGGAAAGGAUACUCUUUGUUGCCUCAAGAUCCAUAUGAAAGAGCAACAGCUCGUUUCUGGGCAAAAUUUGUUGAUGAGAAGUGUGUCAUAGGAUCAUGGCAAGCAAUGGCAGCUGAAGGAGAGGCAAAAGAAAAAGCUAUAGAGUCAGUACAGGAACAGUAUGCAUUUAUCGAGAAGCAGAUCCGAGGGAAGAAGUUUUUCGGUGGGGAGCAGAUAGGCUACCUGGAUCUCGUGAUGGGUUGGAAAACUCUUUGGCUCAACGCCAUGGAGGAAGUAGGAAUUAUGAAGUUACUUGAUCCAGAGAAGUUCCCUUCACUCCAUCAAUGGACUGAAAACUUCAAACAGAUCCCUAUUAUACAAGAAAGCAUGCCACCACAAGAGAGCCUAGUCAACUACUUCCAAGGUAGUCUAAACUACGUGCGUUCCCUAGCAGCAAACAAACCAUGAAUCUCGUUUUAUAAUCGUUAGAAGUGUUGUGAUGUCUGAUGUCUCUCUGAUUCUAUGUGCAACUUCUACUAUUGUUUGUCUACUGUAAGACUGUUACCCCUUCUUUUGUCAGGUUUGCAAGGAUAAUCGAUCUUUUCCA